AGCACGACGACGACGAAGCAGACGCCGACGACACUCUCUACCUCUUACUAUCAUGUCUGGUCGACCAGCUGGAAAGCCUGACUUGUCCGGAUACAAUUAUGGCGCCAUUUCCUCCCUUGUCUUAACAGCAGAUCGCUCUGCUCUUCCGCGACGCGACAAGGAACCGGAUGGCGCGCCUACCUCUCUCGUCGGCCGUAUCGCCCCAGGGGAGAUGGGCUCUAGAGUACAGAGAGCAGCUCCGAAGGAUAUGGAUAAGAAGAAGAAGAAGGCUGCUGAACAGGACCCUUCAGAACGACAGCUCGCGAAGCGAAAGGCUGAGGCGGCUGGCUUUGGGUACACGGACAUCAUCGAGGCCACACAGGACGUCGAGGGGCUGACAUAUCGGCCACGGACGGCGGAGACGCGCGAAGUCUAUGAGCUCAUCCUCUCCAGCGUACACCAGGCGCUCGGGGACCAGGCUCAGGACAUCGUUCGCAGUGCGGCAGACGCAGUUCUCGAGACGCUGAAGAACGACAGCAUGAAGGAUUUUGACAAAAAGAAGGAGGUCGAGGAGAUUACCGGCUCCAUCUCCAACGAAGCGUUUUCUCAGCUCGUCAACCUCUCCAAAAAGAUCACCGACUACGGCGCGGAAGAUGAGGCCAUGGUGGACCCAGAUAUGGAGAGGAAGGACGCGGAGAUCGACGAGGAGAUGGGUGUGGCAGUCGUGUUUGACGAGGAAGAGCAGGAGAGUGAGGAGGAGGAAGGGUUUGAGGUUAGGGAAGAGUCGGACGAGGAUGAAGAGAACGAGGGUGCAGAACGGGAGGAUGGCACACCCGAUGAUGCGGACGCUGGUGGGGAGGAGAUGGUCAUCGGGGGUGGUUCGUCCUCACGGACGAAGGCGAAAGGCAAGGCCGACAAGGAUAUCGUUUCUCCACACGCUAUCGACGGUUUCUGGGUUCAACGUCAGGUCGCAGAAGUCUAUCCCGACCCCGUUACCGCUGCAGACAAGACCGCCUCCGUCCUCUCGAUUCUCGGAUCCGAGUCGAACCUCCGCGACUGCGAGAACCAGCUCAUGGAGCUCUUCGACUACCAAAGCUUCGACGUUAUUACCAAAUUCCUCAAGAACCGCGAGGUCGUUGUCUGGUGUACGAAGCUUGCUCGUAGCGACGCUGACGAACGCGUUAACGUCGAAGUGGCUAUGCGGGAGAAGGGCUUGGGAUGGAUUUUGCGCGACCUCGCUGGUGACAGGCAGGCGAAGGCUCGUGCUGCUGGCGGAGAUGAGAUGGACGUCGACGAGGACGUGAAGCCUGCAACGGUGCCCAAGACGGCCACGCUCGCGCCUGGCUCUACCGUGCAGCCGAAGAAGACCGUGGAUCUGGAGAGCAUGGCGUUCAGUCAGGGUGGGCAUCUAAUGUCGAACAAGAAGUGCAAGCUUCCGGACGGGUCGUUCAAGCGGGCAAAGAAGGGCUACGAAGAGAUUCACGUCCCAGCGCCGAAGAGUAAACCGACGGCGGAUAGUACCUUGGUGCCCAUCUCCGACCUACCCCUAUGGGCUCGCGACGCUUUCCCGAAGAUGCAGUCUCUGAAUCGCGUUCAGAGCAAGCUUUACCCCGUCGCGUUUGGUACCGACGAACCCAUCUUGCUUUGUGCGCCCACGGGUGCUGGUAAGACCAACGUGGCCAUGUUGACCAUUUUGAAUGAGCUCGCGAAGUACCGUGACGAGACUACUGGCGCGUUCGACCUGGACGCAUUCAAGGUCGUUUACGUCGCACCGAUGAAGGCUCUCGUUCAAGAGAUGGUCGGGAACUUCAACUCGCGUCUCAACGUCUUCGGCAUCAAGGUCGGCGAAUUGACCGGAGACUCGCAAAUGACCAAACAGCAGAUCGCAGAGACCCAGAUCAUCGUCACGACACCGGAGAAGUGGGACGUUAUCACUCGCAAGAGCUCCGACACGAGCUACACGAACCUCGUACGCCUCCUUAUCAUCGAUGAGAUUCAUCUUCUCCACGACGAGCGUGGACCUGUCCUGGAGAGUAUCAUCGCGAGGACCAUUCGGCGAAUGGAACAAACCAACGAUUACGUUCGCCUGGUCGGCCUCUCUGCCACACUUCCGAACUACGAGGAUGUCGCCACCUUCCUUCGUGUCGACGAGAAGAAGGGUCUUUUCUACUUCGACUCCACCUACCGUCCUUGCGCCCUCCAACAACAGUUCAUCGGUGUCACUGAGAAGAAGGCCAUCAAGCGGUACCAGGUCAUGAAUGAGGUCUGCUACGAGAAGGUCCUUGACCAGGCGGGUAAGAACCAAACCCUUGUUUUCGUCCACUCGCGGAAGGAGACGGCGAAGACGGCGAAAUUCAUCCGCGACAUGGCCAUAGAGAAGGAGACCAUCACCCAGUUCGUCAAGCCCGACUCCGCCGUUCGUGAGAUCUUGACCGAGGAGGCGAGCAACGUCAAGGACCCCAACCUGAAGGAUCUGCUCCCCUUCGGAUUCGGUAUUCACCAUGCUGGUAUGUCGCGCGAAGAUCGUGCGCUCGUUGAGGAAUUGUUUGCGGAUGGUUCAGUCCAGGUUCUCGUCUGUACGGCUACUCUUGCGUGGGGUGUCAAUCUUCCAGCCCAUACCGUCAUCAUUAAGGGCACGCAGAUCUACAAUCCGGAGAAAGGUCGUUGGGUGGAACUUUCGUCGCAGGAUGUAUUGCAGAUGCUCGGGCGUGCAGGAAGGCCACAGUAUGAUACCUAUGGUGAGGGCGUCAUCAUCACGAACCACUCCGAGCUGCAGUAUUAUCUCAGCUUGAUGAACCAGCAAUUGCCGAUCGAAAGUCAGUUCGUGUCGAAGUUAGCGGAUAACUUGAAUGCGGAGAUUGUUCUUGGGACCAUUCGUAACCGUGAUGAGGCUGUGCAGUGGCUCGGAUACACUUACCUAUAUGUGCGGAUGCUCAAGUCGCCCGCACUGUAUAGCGUCGGUGUCGACUAUCAAGAAGACGACCUAGGCCUCGUUCAGAAGCGGGCCGAUAUCGUCCACACCGCCGCCGCUCUCCUCGAGAAGUGCAAUCUGGUCAAAUACGAGCGGGCUACCGGUCGAUUCCAGAGCACCGAGCUCGGUCGUAUCGCCUCGCACUACUACGUAACCUACAACUCCAUGGCGACAUACAAUCAGCACCUAAGGCCGACGAUGUCCAUGCUCGAACUGUUCAGAGUUUUCGCCCUUUCGAACGAAUUCAAACUGAUCCCUGUUCGUCAAGAGGAGAAGCUCGAGCUUGGGAAGCUUUUGGAGCGUGUUCCCAUUCCUGUGAAGGAGGGCGUUGAGGAACCCCCCGCGAAAAUCAAUGUACUCCUUCAGGCCUACAUCUCGCAGCUGAAGCUCGAGGGCUUUGCCCUUGUCGCCGACAUGGUCUUCGUCCAGCAAUCCGCAGGGCGUAUUCUGCGUGCCAUGUUCGAGAUUUGCUUGAAGCGAGGCUGGGCUGUCCCCGCUCGGGCAGCAUUGGACAUGUGCAAGAUGGUCGAGAAGCGAAUGUGGAGUUCAAUGACGCCUCUACGACAAUUUAAGGGUGUACCAUCUGAAAUCAUCCGGAAGGCUGAGGGCAAGCAAUUCCCUUGGUACCGCUAUUUCGACCUUAACCCUCCGGAAAUCGGCGAGCUCAUUGGUAUCCCCAACGCCGGCAAGCUCGUCCAUCGGCUGGUCCACAGCUUCCCGCAGCUUGUCCUUCAAGCCCAAGUUCAGCCCAUCACACGCUCCCUUCUUCGUAUCGACCUUUCUAUCACUCCUGAUUUCCGAUGGGACGAGAAGAUCCACGGUGGCGCGGAGAGCUUCCUCAUCAUGGUCGAAGACGUCGACGGUGAAAUCAUCCUGUUCCACGAUUCUUUCGUUCUUCGCCAACGCUAUGCCGAGGACGAGCACAACGUCACUCUCACGGUGCCCAUGUUCGAGCCCGUGCCACCGAACUAUUACAUCUCAGUCAUCUCCGAUCGCUGGCUCCACGCAGAGACUCGUUUACCUAUUUCCUUCAAGCAUCUUAUCCUGCCCGAGAAAUUCCCUCAACCUACACCUCUUCUCGAUUUACAGCCCCUUCCCCUUCCCGCCCUGCACAACAAGGAGUUCGAAGCCAUCUACUCGUCGACGGUCGAGACCUUCAACAAGAUUCAAACACAGGUCUUCCAGGCGCUGUAUACCUCAGACGACAAUGUCUUCAUCGGCGCUCCCACCGGCAGCGGGAAGACAAUUUGCGCUGAGUUUGCCCUCUUGAGGCUCUGGAGCAAGCCUGAACAGAAGCGCGCGGUUUGCAUCGAGCCGUACCAGGAGAUGGUCGACCAGCGUGUGGCGGAGUGGCAGAAGAAGUUCGGUGGACUCCAGGGAGGGAAGGAAGUUGUCGGUUUGACGGGCGAGACAAGCGGUGAUCUGAGGUUGUUGGAGAAGGGCGACGUGAUCGUUUGUACACCCUCUCAAUGGGACGUGCUUUCGAGACGUUGGCGCCAGCGGAAGAAUGUCCAGAACAUAGGGCUCCUCAUCGCUGACGAGAUUCAACUUGUGGGUGGUGAGGUUGGGCCGACCUAUGAGGUCAUCAUCUCGCGUACAAGAUACGUCUCUGCUCAGACGGAGAUCAAGACUCGGAUUGUGGCAUGUGGCGUCUCUUUGGCCAAUGCUCGCGACCUCGGCGAGUGGAUCGGAGCGCCUUCACACGCUAUCUUCAACUUCCCUCCAAGUGCCCGACCCCUCGACAUGGACAUUCAUCUCCAAAGCUUUACCAUCCCUCAUUUCCCCUCACUCAUGAUCGCCAUGUCUAAGCCCGCCUACCUUGCCAUCCUCGAAUAUGCUCCAACGAAACCCACGCUCAUCUUCGUGCCUUCUCGCAAGCAGUGCAAGCUUACCGUGGACGACCUCCUCCUGCAUUGCAGCGCCGAUGAUAAAGAAGACCUCUUCCUUAACAUCGAGCUCGAACAUCUGCAACCACAUCUGGACCACGUCACGGACAGGGGCCUCGUAGACUGCUUGAAGCAUGGCAUCGGCUACUACCACGAGGCUCUCAGCAAGCAGGACAAGAAGAUCGUGGAGCGAUUAUUCCAGUCUGGUGCUAUUCAAGUCCUCGUCGCCUCGAAGGAUACGGCUUGGAGCAUUCCCGUGGCCAGCUAUAUGGUCAUCAUCAUGGGCGUCCAGUUCUACGAGGGCAAGGAGCAUCGUUACAUCGACUACCCUGUCAUGGAUGUGCUUCAGAUGAUGGGCCGGGCCUGCCGUCCAAAGGAAGACGAUAGGAGUCGUUGCGUGUUGAUGUGCCAGCAGACGCGUAAGGACUUCUAUAAGAAGUUCUUGGCCGAGGGUUUGCCCAUCGAGUCUCAUCUUCCUACGCAUCUCCUACACGAUUAUUUCUUGGCCGAGAUCGCUGUUCGUACCAUCGAAAACAAGCAGGAUGCUAUGGAUAUCUUGACGUGGACGUACUUCUACCGCCGAAUGACCCAAAACCCGAACUACUACAACCUUCACAACGUUAGCCACCAACAUCUGUCUGAUCACCUCUCGGAGCUCGUCGAGAAUACCUUGAGCGAUCUCGUCAACUCAAAAUGUAUCGCGAUCGAGGAUGAAAUGGAUGUGUCACCACUGAACCUCGGUAUGAUCGCGGCGUACUACAACAUCUCAUAUGUCACCGUCGAGGUCUACACGCUUUCGCUGAAGGAGCGCACAAAACUGAAGGGCUUGCUGGAGGUAGUUUCGUCGUCUGCCGAAUUCGAGUCAAUACCUAUACGCCGCCACGAAGACGCUCUGCUUCGUCGUAUCUACGACCGUGUACCCGUCAAACUCGAUCGUGCCGACUUUGAAGCACCACAUUUCAAGACAUUCCUUCUCCUUCAAGCCCACUUCUCUCGCCUUCAGCUUCCUCCAGACCUUUCCGCGGACCAGGCAAUGGUCCUCGAGAAGGUCAUGAACCUGCUCUCGGCCUGUGUCGACGUCAUGUCAUCGAACGCUUGGUUGAACGCCCUCGGAGCUAUGGAUUUGUCGCAGAUGUGUGUGCAGGCGAUGUGGGAGACGGACUCGCCGUUGAAGCAAAUCCCUCACUUCGAAGCUGAUGUCAUUAAGCGGUGCAAGGAAGCGGGUGUUGAGUCGGUGUACGACGUUAUGGAGAUGGAGGAUGGCCAGCGAAACUCGUUGUUGCAGAUGGACGCACGCCAAAUGCGCGACGUGGCCGCUUUCGUCAACUCUUACCCCACCUUGGAUGUCUCGCAUGAGCUCGUCAAGGGCGAGUACACCGCUGGCGCUCCCAUCGUCCUUCAGGUUGCUCUUAGCCGUGACGCGGACGAGGAUGACGAGGACGCCGGUGAUGCCACUGUCAUUGCGCCGUAUUUCCCCGGCAAAAAGCUCGCGAACUGGUGGGUUGUCAUCGGCGAGCCGAGCACAAAACAACUCCACUCCAUCAAGCGUGUUACGGUUGCGAAGAGCCUUUCGGUCAAACUAGAGUUCAACCUGCCCAAGGGCACGCACAACCUCAAGUUGUAUGUCAUUUGCGACUCGUAUAUCGGCGCCGACCACGACAUCCCAUUGGACGCUAUUGAGGUUGCUGAGGGGGAGGACAGCGACAGCGAUGAUGAUGAUAGUGACGAUGAUGCGAUGGAGGAGUAGAUUUUGGACUGACGCUUGUCUGGAUUGCUGCUUGUGGUGAGGCUGAGAUGUAUCCCUACUUGUUUUGAUCCCUGCUUUGUUGAGAUUGUACUAUAUGUUCUCCUUACCGUUAUACUCAGCCAAAAUGGGAUAACUUAUUCUGCUCUUG